CCUGCUUUUUCCUUUCUAGUGCUGACCAUUCUUGCCAUGUCCAGCUGGAGAUACUCCCAGGCCUUCCCACUGGACACUGUCAACAGAGCAGCAGACUUUAUGGCAACGCUAAGGCUGAUCUACCCCCAUGCAGACACCCUCUGUGAGAAGGACUUUGAGUGGCUCUUUGACUGCCCUAAGAUAAAGCAGUUCCUCGAGUGGUUCUGCAGCACAGUGGGUGAGGAGAACGUGCUGAGCCCAGCUGAGGUGGAGGCCUAUGAUGCCCUGCUGGCUGCAGGAAAGCCCAUCUUGGAGGGUGAUGCCCUUGAGGAGGCAUUGCAGAUGUGCUGCCAGGUCCCACAGCUCCCGAGCAUGAUACCAGAGGACAAGGGUCCCUCUCCAGAGGUCCUGCAGCAGGAGCUUCAGGAGCUGAAGGAUUAUCAUGACCUGCAGUUCCGGCGGAACAGCAAGCUGCUGGCUUGGACAGACAAGCUGCAGCAGGAGCAGAGGUACUUGGAGGACGAGGAGAAAGUGGUGAAGCAGGACUUGAGGAUGGUUCAGAGGGACUUGGAAAUGAAGGUCUUCCAAACCAGAGCUGUCUUGAGCCAGGUCAGCAAGGCUGAAAAGCAGCUGACAGAGUGUCAUGGGAACAUGGGGAAAGGCCAGCAGCCAUCACUGCUGUGCCAGAUGGAUCUUGGCCCUUACAUGGAGCUAGAACAAAAGGCCACUGAUGCGUUUGAAAACUUCAUUCAGCAGGUCCUACCAGGGAGUAUCCAGGCUUCAGAUGCUUGGGAAGCAAGGGCACAGGGAGAGAGCAGCCUGAAGGAAGGGCUGGAGGCUGGGACACAGAUGGGCUCAUACUGGGAAAUAUCAGAGCGAGGAAGAGGAGCUCCUUAUCAAGAAUGCGCAAAGACACCAUGCAAGGUGGCACCAGCAAGUCAGGGAAUGCUGGUCCAAGAAUCAAGGGCAGAGCUGCUAGUGGAGGGGAGCAAUGAGAGGGAGGUGUUGAGUAUGGAGGGUGAGGAGAAAAGAAAUGACAGCCAGGAAGUCACAGAUAAAAUGAACACUAAGAAAACAUCGAUGCCAGAAAGCCUUAGUAGUGAUGAAGAUGAGCUACUGGAGGAUCAAGAUAGCUUCUGGAAGGAGCUGGGCCGAGUAGAGACAGCACAUAUCUGCGCCCAGAGGGAGGUGAUAGUCAUGUCAGCAAAAGUGGAAGGCAACCAUGCCGCGCUGGAGUGGGCCCAGAGGACUCUGGAAGCUCUUGAGGAUAACCAGUACGCAGUCGAGGCGAAGCUCCAGGGCCAGGCUGAGGGGCUUCAGAACCAGAUUCACAUCCUGUGCUUCGACAUCACACACACUCUGGCCCACCACCUACCGCCCCUGCUGAAGGCAGAGGGCCACCGUGCUCACCUGCCCGCCCUGCACAGGCACCUCAGCCUGGAAGCUGCCUGGCUGCAGAACACUGCCAGGAGGCAGGAGGAGGCAGCUGCAUGGGUGUUGGGCCAGCAGAACCGCAUGGAUCUGCUGGAGCUCCAGCUGGAACGGGAGAGGCAGGAGCUGGAACACAAGGCUGCUUGGCUGGGGAAGGUUGAAAACGCCAUGAGGGAAGAAGCCCAGAGCAGGCUGCAGGAGCAGCAGAACUACUUCAAAGAUGCCAGCUCCUCCCAGAAGCAUCGUCCACGCAAGUGGAUAGACCCCAAAGAUGUCACUGCUGCACGGCUCUGGGACAUGCUGAUGCAUGAAGAUCACGAGAAGCAGCCUUUCCGCAGCUAUGAGGCCAUAGCAACCAAGUGUUCCCAGUUGGUUGAGAAGAAGAGGGCACUGGAAGCCCAGUUGGUAGCUCCUAUGCCCCAGAUACCUGCCCUGGAGGCCUCCAUAGAGGUGCUCUACCGGCAGCUGUACAACAGCCACAACCAGCUGCAGCUCUCCUCGCCGGAGAUCACCGAGCUGAUGCAGCAACUGAAGAUCAUGCAGGACAAACUCCACAAAAUGCUGGUAGACCUCUGGAGUGACUUGCAGGUCAAGCGCAGGUCUCUGCAGGAGAACCCCACCCUGCAGACAGAGCGCAACCUUUACGUGUAUUUUUACUGCAAUGAGGAUCGGCUGAGAGAAGAGGUGGAGGAGCUCGAGAAGCAGGCAAGAGCUUCCUCCAAGGGACGCCUGAUGGAGCUGCCCUAUGCAAAGGAGUAG